AUGGAGAGCGUGGACGCAGCGCUGCGUUAUCUGCAGCGGCAGUUCGCAAGCGUAGCCAGUGAUGAGGCUCAUUGGAAUGAGGAGCGUCAAAAGUUACAAGCACAGCUUCGUGAGCUUGAGGAACAACGUGGUGAACAGGAACAGGCCUACAAGGACGCCAUGCUGCGCGUCAAGAUGCUUGAAUUUGCAUUACGACAGGAACGUGGUCGUUAUUUAGCAUCACCUGCUGCCGUACAAAGUACAGGAGGUACCAAUACAAAGCCUUGUUUUGAAAGUGCUGAGGUCUUACGCGGAGUGACUGUAUCUCGCUCGAAGGAACGGUCCAAGUCGGCGCGAACCGCCGAACAAACGUCGCCGGCGCCGUCACCUUCAAGCAGUCCGAAGGCUUACAGUAUAUAUAGAUUAGACAGUAAGAACAAGAGUGCGUCCAACACACCUAAGAACUCGCAGGGUAAGGGCAUGGAGAUCUCGCGACCGAAGAUGAUGUCCAGGACAGCAUCAGGACGAGAGGUGGAGCGGGAGACAAACAGGACUGUAACAGGUAGAGAAGUGGAACGAGAAAUGAACCGAUCAGCGUCGGGACGUGAAGUAGAGAGGGAAUUGAUCAGAACGGCGUCUGGAUCGGGACGAGAAGUGGAACGCGUGGAACGUGCUGUUGAGACUGCCAAGCCGUCGAAGCCUGUGUUGAUUCCGAUGGCGCCCAAGGCAUCAUACCGGCCGCAUAAGCUAAAGCUGAAGUUGUCUGGGCACAUGGAUGGAGUACGAGCCCUUUCAUUUCACCCGACUGAACCGUUGUUAGUAUCAGGCAGCGAAGACUGCACAGUUAAAGUGUGGAACCUGGCAAGUGUGGCGAGUAGGCCGCCAUCACAGCGAGCGACUGAAGUGGACUCGCUUGUGACACUGCGAACCCACACGCAGAGCGUGCUGGCUAUAGCUGUGUUUAGUGCUGAAAAUUGUUCGGGCUGUUUGCCUGGUCGGAUUGGUGCAUUUGCAUCGGCGGGACGUGACGGCACUUUAAGUUUGUUUCAGCUACCUGGUACAGACACGGAUAAAGCAGAACCGUACACUUACGUGGACUAUGAGACAAUGAAGAUGUAUUCGAUCAAAGACGCACAUGAUGACGCAAUAUGGGACUUGCAUGCGCACCCGCUGUCGAAUACUUUAUUCUCGGCCGGGUCAGACGGUGUUGUCCGAACUUGGAGGGUUGCGUCAGAGGUCACAUUGCAAGGUGAAAUGCGGUGCCCGUCGAAGACCAACACCAACGGAACUGGUCCAAACAUUCGCGGCUCAUUGGUGCCUACGUCAGUGCAUACAAUGCUGACCGAUCCGAAGACUUCUGUUGUUGGGUACACAAAUGGAGCAAUUGCCCAGUUUGACUACGCAGCUGAACGCAUCGUUCAGCUUACACGAGCGAUCGACGUUGAUACAAUUCGACGGGGAGGUCAAGUGAACAAGUUGAUUGUGCAUCCGACCAUGCCUAUCGCAAUCGCGGCACAUCAAGAUAAAAAAAUCCGUAUGUACGACAUGCGAGCCGGCGAGUGUGUCGGAUCUCUUACGGCUCACCAGGACUCUGUCACAUCUCUUUCAAUCGAUGCAGCCGGGCUACAUAUUGCAUCCGGAGGUCACGACGGUUCUUUGCGGGUCUGGUCAGUCGCAGAUCGCCAUUGUGUUUUUGAGCAAUCGGCGCACCGGCUGAAGAUGAAUGAAGCAGUGCACUCCGUGAUUUACCACCCGUCGCGCAAUUUCAUUGCCACAGGCGGUGCCGACAGUACAAUAAAGAUUUAUCAGUGA